AUGGCCAAGAUCAUGUUCGUCCUUCUGCUCCUCUGUCCCCUCCUCGCCCAAUCCCAUGCCACCACCACUUUCAAAGAGAUUUCAUCACAGCUGCAAAACCAGAGAUUCGUCGAGUUGGACGAGGCCCUGCAGAGGGCCCUGCCGCUUCGUCAGCCACCUCCCCCGAGGUCGGUUGUCCUGGACGCUGCCGAAGCAGAUGCAGUGAAGGAGAGCCUCCUGAUCUUGGUGCGGGCUCUCACGGAGGGGCUCAACGGUCGCCGCGGCCUCCUGAGCUUCCACAACCACGGCGAGGAGGAACCCGCGGCGGCGGCGUCACCGAAGGAAACCGUGGCUUGA